AUGGCGGAGAACGAGAAGCCGACGCAUGCCAACCUCCCCCGGGCAUCUCGUGAUAGCGAGAAAACAGCCACGAAUGUAGAAGACGCCAAGCAAGGCGGUGGUAAAGGGCGCAAGAAAAGCUUCAUUGAUGUCGACGACGAGCAAUUGAGCGCUGCGUUCGAGAACCCACUAGAGGGAGUUUCCAAAGAGCAGUUGAUGCAGGAUGUCGAGGACUUCUGCAGAGACAACAAUCUCAUGGAGCACGUGGAUGCUUUCCGAAAGGGGGCAUUGGUCGCUCAGAAUCCGCGGAACACGGCGAGUAUCACGGAGCUGAGUGAUGAAGACAGGAUUACCCUAGACAGAGAGCAUACUCAUCGAUGGUCGCAGCCUAUGACCUUGUAUUGGCUGGUCGUCAUGUGCUCGCUGGCCGCCGCUGUGCAGGGUAUGGAUGAGACGGUCAACAAUGGCGCUCAGGCGCUAUACCUGGAGCAGCUGAACAUCACUACCGAUCGGUUCUCCCAGAGCAUGGUUGAUAAUCUGACUGGAUUGGUUGUUGGUGCGCCAUACCUCUGCUGUGCGAUUCUGGGAUGUUGGUUGACAGAACCAAUGAACAAGCUCUUUGCCCGUCGGGGGACCAUCUUCAUUAGUUGCUUCAUUGCAGCGAUUGCUUCGGUUUGGGAAGGCCUUGCCAAUUCAUGGGUCAAUCUGUUCCUUGCUCGAUUUGUGCUUGGGCUUGGAAUUGGUCCAAAAUCCUCGACCGUUCCUGUGUACAGUGCUGAAUGUGCACCUGCCCCUAUUCGCGGCGCACUUGUCAUGAUGUGGCAGAUGUGGACUGCGUUCGGUAUCAUGCUUGGAAAUAUCAUGGGAGUGGCUUUUGGAGGUUUAGAUCCAGAUCUCGGAUGGCGUCUAAUGCUCGGAAGCACGGUAGUUCUCCCACUUAUUGUUUGUGCUCAAGUCUAUUUUUGCCCUGAGAGCCCCAGGUGGUAUAUCCAGCACAGGAAGGCAGGCAAGGCGUUCCAGUCUUUCCAGCGACUGAGAUACAGCGAUGUGCAGGCGGCGAGAGAUACGUACUAUACAUAUAUCGGUGUAGAAUUGGAACGCAAGGCCCACCAUGGCAAGAACCUGUUCACCCAAUUUAUCGAGCUCUUCACGGUCCCACGCAAUCGACGAGCAACCUGGGCGUCGUGGAUUGUCAUGUUCGGCCAGCAAUUUUGUGGCGUCAAUGUUAUUGCAUACUACAGUACCACCAUAUUCAUCCAGUCCGGAUAUUCGGUUACGUCUGCUCUUUUGGCAUCAAUGGGUACAGGCAUCCUGAAUUGGGUAUUCGCUAUUCCAGCCGUAUUCACUAUUGAUCGAUGGGGACGGCGCAACCUGCUCCUCUUUACGUUCCCGUUCUUGUCGAUCUUCCUGCUCUGGACGGGGUUUAGCUUUUGGUUUCAAGACGAUAAGACCAAGGUUGCGAUGGUCACGACGGGGAUGUACUUAUUUGAGGUUUUCUACUCUCCUGGAGAAGGACCUGUUCCGUUCACCUAUUCUGCCGAGGCAUUUCCAGUGCACGUUCGAGACGUGGGCAUGUCAUUUGCGACAGCCACGACAUGGUGCUUCAACUUUAUCCUCAGUUUCAGCUGGCCAUCGUUGCAAACGGCAUUCAAGCCUCAAGGGGCAUUUGGUUGGUAUGGUGCUUGGUGCCUCAUUCUUUGGGUGCUCAUUCUCCUAUUCGUGCCUGAGACAAAGGCACUUACCCUGGAGGAGCUGGAUCAAGUGUUCGGCAUCAGCACGCGCCGGCAUAUGUCUUACCAAUUGAAGAAUGCUGUGUGGCAUUUCCAGACGUGGGUAUUGAGGCGGAAGCUUGAACCUUUGCCGGAUUUCUAUCGUCACGCUGAAAAGGCCAACGCGGCGGCAUGA